AUGUUGGUGAAUGGGGAUAAGGCAUGUAGAGGCAGAGGCACUUCAACUGCAGGAAUGGGAGGUAGAGACAUUGCUCCAAAUAUAGGACUUGGAGGGAGAUGCACUACUCCAACUAUAGGAAUGGGUGGGAGAAGCUCAGUUCCAAGUGUACAAGUGGGAGGGACAAACCGCCAACCAAAUGCAGUCAGUGGUUAUCUGCCAAUCCCCAAAUUUCAAAUCACCUGCAAAAAAGGCAAAGCCUAG